CUGAAUGAACCAGCUGUCAGGUUCACACAGACAGCACUCCCUGCUGCACAGCCUCGGCCUUCAGGACUCACUCAGCUCUCCACAUGUCCAAAGUGAACAGCGGUUCUGCUGGCUGUCGGGCCGUGGUGAUGGCUGGAAAGUACCUGACCGGCCCAGGCCGAUGUUCCACGCUGAUCACGGGGACGUCUGGCCAGCAGCGGGGGCGGAUGCGUGCUCCUCAGUGCCGCACGGUGAGCUCCACCGCAGCCCGCAUGGGAGGACGAACCGCGGCUGUGGGUCAGCAGGAAACCCCGGGCUAUUUCUCCGCUGCUGACCGACACGUCCUGGCGAACCGGAACCUGAUUUACCGGGACGUGAAGGCCUUCCUCAGUGAAGUUGGUGGAGAUCCCCGGGAGGCUCGGUACUGGCUGACCCAGUUCCAGAGAGCGACCUUGGCUCAGUCCCCUGCUUUUGCUGUGUUAGAGGUGGAUAGCUCAGCAUUCCAAAGCAGAGAGAUGGUACAGAGCCUGGCCUUCGGCCUGUCUUUCCUGCAGCGGAUGGACAUGAAGCCUGUUGUGGUGAUGGGCUGGUUUGACGACCAGGAGUCAGGGCCCGUAGAAGCAGUCACUGGGUCUCGGUGCACCAGAGGGUUGGUGGAGCGGUGCCAGCAGCUGACUGAAGCUCUACAGCAACACUCAGCAACUGUCCUGCCAUUCUUCUCUGCAGAGUCCUUUCUACAGCUGCAUGAGGCGCCACAAGGAAGCAGUGCUCCGCACUCCAUUUCUGUGGACAUCAGCCUCCUCCAGUGGAGUCUUGACUGUGGGACCAUCCCGCUGGUUUGUCCCGUGGGGAGGGACGGACGAGGAUGCUCGAUGGUGCUAGACCCAACGGAGGUUACGGCGGCCAUUUCCCGAGCCCUGCAGCCCCUCAAAGUCAUGUUUCUUAACAACUCAGGAGGCCUGCGGAGCGAGAAACACAAGGUACUGGACACGGUGUCGUUGCCCACCGACCUGCCCGCUCUGUCUGGAGCUGAGUGGCUGAGCCCAGUAGAGCGUCGCAGGCUGACCACCAUCGCCAGACUCCUAAAUCAGUUAUCCACAGAGUCUUCUGCUGUGAUCACCUCUGCUGACACAUUACUGACUGAGCUUUUCAGCCACAGGGGUUCUGGUACACUUUUCAAAAAUGGCGACCCUAUACACAGGUACAGCUCUCUGGAUUCAAUCGAUGUGGAGCGUCUGCUGGCUCUCAUCAACAAGUCCUUUGAUAAAACUCUGAAGCAAGAUUACAUCGACUCGCUGAAGGGACGGAUGCACUGCAUUUACCUCUCUGAAGGCUACAGUGCCGCAGCCAUCAUCACGAUGGAGCCAGUGAACGGUGGGACCCCCUACCUGGACAAGUUCGUGGUGAGCAGCAGUAAGCAGGGGCAGGGCACCAGUCACAUCCUCUGGGAGUGUAUUCGACAGGACCUCGGCAAACUGUUCUGGAGGUCAAAAGCCACCAACAGGAUCAACCCAUGGUACUUUAAGCACUGUGAUGGCAGUUUUGUAAAUGGAGUGUGGACCGUCUUCUGGUUUGGGCUGACAGACAUCAGAGAUUCCUAUGCACUGGUGGAGCAUGCCAGGAGCCUCCCUGACUCAUUCCAAAGCUCAAGUCUCACCUUGACCCCGCAGCCUCCCCUGCCAACCCCUGCUGCUGCUGGCUCCUGAACCCUGGCUUCCCAUUUGUGGCAAUUCAGCUUUGGAGACCUGCUGCCUCUCUUGAUCUACAAAAUUGAAAACUCUAUUCUGUUUUUGGGAAGUUUUGUAUUUGGACUUUUCUAAAACAAAAGUACACUUGCUGCAAAAAAAUCUUAAGCAUUUUAAAUGUGCACCUAGUGGCAAACUAUUCAAAUAUAUUCCUAUCUGGCUUUCUCCUGAAGUAAGGUUGGGAACAGAUUCAAGGGUAUCACCACAGGAAAGAUAGAUUUAAAUAAAAACACUAAAAGUUUAGUUUUCCAAACUCCCCUACUACUUUGCAUUGCAGGUUCCAAAACUGAAAAAUAAAACAUCUCACAAUAUCUUAAAGCACUUCACAUGUGUCAUUAAAGGACUUUUUUGCACAUGGA